AAAAAUCAAAAAAAUCGUGUUACUCAGGUUUUAAAAAAUCGAGGGUUUAUGUGAAAUUUUCGAAGGCUUUCUUGUGCGCAUUUCGCGAGUUUCUGCAAGGAAUCGUGAGUCGUUUUUGAAGGAGUUCGUGGCAGAACUUUACAGCAGAUCGCGGUUUCUUUGGUUCGAAGGUCGCGGGUUUUCCUGGUUAUGAGUCGCCGGUUCGUGUUUUCUGAUCGCGGAAUAUUUUCUGGCCGUAGUUUUUUUUUUGUGCGGAGUUGUUUUGUGCUGUUUAAAGGCUCUUUGACGGCGCGUUUUUACUGCGCGACGGGUUUCUCAGCCCCGCGUCGGCUCUCUGUAAACUUUGCAGAGAGUAUAGUGUUGAAGUUCUGAAUUGGAGUUUCUAGCUUAUAGAAGGGUCAUCCUUCAUUAAAGAUGGGAAAAUCAAAGAAGACACCCAAAUUUGCUAGGAUGAAAAAAAUAAUCAGCCAUAAAACAAUCCGCAGUUACAAAGAAGAGGUGCUUAAUCCAACCAAGAAGAAUACAGCGAAGGAAAAUCUGCCUAGAAACGUACCAAAUGUCUCCUCAGCACUCUUUUUUAAAUACAAUACUGCACUGGGGCCGCCAUAUCAAGUUUUGAUAGAUACCAAUUUUAUUAACUUCUCAAUCCAGAACAAGUUGGACUUAGAGAAAGCAAUGAUGGACUGCCUGUAUGCAAAAUGUACUCCUUGCAUCACAGACUGUGUGAUGGCUGAACUGGAAAAGCUAGGACAGAAGUAUCGUGUUGCGUUACGAAUUGCGAAGGAUCCUCGUUUUGAUAGGUUGCCUUGCACUCAUAAAGGCACUUAUGCAGAUGACUGCCUUGUAGAACGUGUUACCCAGCAUAAGUGCUAUAUUGUGGCCACGUGUGAUAGGGAUUUAAAACGUCGAAUUCGAAAGAUCCCUGGUGUACCUAUUAUGUACAUUACCCAACACAAAUAUUCUAUCGAACGCUUGCCAGAAGCAACAAUAGGAGGCGCACCACGAUUUUAGUGCUGAUGGUUGCCAGGAAUUAGAUGAACAAUGCACGAUUCUGUAAGGAGAGUCUCUUAUUCUUCUAUAACCUUUAUUCUCAGCAGUGCUGGUGAGUCCACCAUUUUGAUUAACCUGGUAACAAUUUCAGAAAUAUAGUUUGAAGAUGUGAACUAUAUUUUGGGGCACUUGUUCCUUUUGUAAAGCACAUUCCAAGGAAACUAGAAAAAGAGAGUCAAUUUACCUUGGCAAAACUUUAUAUCCAUCACGACUAUCCAAGCACAGGGUACUGUGGAGGGGAGUGUUCUCCAGAUAUUGAUUUUGGAGAAUUCCAAGUAACUUUAGGUGAUAGUGGAGUUAUUGAGCAAAUGUUGUAGCAGAAAAGAACCAAAUAAUUCUGGUAUCGCAAUGAAAUUGAUUUUAUUUUA